AUGGAGGAUGAAGCGUUGGCGACGGUGAAGAUGGAGGAGGCCAAGAUCGACGUCGGCAUCGCGCCGCACAGCGUCAAGAUGGAGCGGGACGCAAGCCGAACCUCGUCGCAUAACAAGAGCAACCAAGGAUCUCGCACUACCAGCAUGUCGCCGGUCGAGGACACAACCAACGGCGAGGACACUUCGACGCCAGGAGGCACACUGCGGCCGAAGCUAUCUCGCAAGACAUCGCAAAAACCCGUCAAGCGCGAAUCGCCCCUCUUCCACGACCUGCCCGAUGUCACCGAGCAAUCAUGCAACACAUUCCAGGUAAUACCAGACUGCUUGUAUGGAUCCAAACACAUGGGCUCGACCGACAAUGAUGCUCUCGAUUGCGAUUGUCGUUCUGAGUGGCACGAUGGAAAAAAUUUGUCCUGUGGCGAGGACUCGGAUUGCAUCAACAGAGCGACCAAGAUGGAGUGCGUCGCGGGCGCUGGAAAUUGCGGCGACGGCUGCCAGAACCAGAGAUUCCAGCGCAAGGAGUACGCCAAUGUUUCAGUCAUCAAAACCGAGAAGAAGGGCUUCGGCCUCCGCGCCGACGUCGACUUGCAAGCUAACGAUUUCAUCUUCGAGUACAUUGGCGAGGUCAUCAACGAACCGACUUUCCGACGGCGCAUGGUCCAAUACGAUGAUGAGGGCAUCAAGCACUUCUACUUCAUGUCGCUGACCAAGCACGAAUUUGUCGAUGCGACAAAGAAGGGCAACUUGGGACGCUUCUGCAACCACUCGUGCAAUCCGAAUUGCUACGUCGACAAAUGGGUCGUUGGGGAGAAGCUGCGCAUGGGCAUUUUCUCCUCACGCAGAAUCAAGGCCGGUGAGGAGCUGGUCUUCAACUACAAUGUUGACCGCUAUGGAGCCGACCCCCAGCCCUGCUACUGUGGCGAACCGAACUGCACCGGAUUCAUUGGUGGCAAGACCCAGACCGAGCGGGCGACUAAAUUGCCUCUUACCACUGUAGAGGCGCUGGGCAUCGACGACGGCGACAGCUGGGACAUUGCCGUCGCCAAGAAGCCGCGCAAGAAGAAGCCAGAUGAGGACGAUGAGGAGUACGUUAACAGCGUGCAGGCUAAGAGCCUCGACGAUGACGGUGCUCGGAAGGUCAUGGCGACCCUGAUGCAGUGCAAGGAGAAGUGGAUUGCGGUCAAGCUGUUGGAGCGCAUUCAGCAGUGUCGGGAUGAGCGGGUGAUCCACUCGGUGAUGCGCAUGCACGCCUACCAGAUCCUCAAGACCACGCUCAACACCUUUAUCGACGACCACAACGUCGUUCUCCAGGUUCUCGACAUCCUGGACAAAUUCCCUCGACUGACGCGAAACAAGAUCGAGGGCUCCAAGAUUGAGGCCACUAUUGAUGGACUCACCCACUCAGAGCACGAAGAGGUCAGCGCAAAGUCCAAGAGGCUGUUGGAUGAGUGGUCCAAACUGGAGCUUGGGUACCGCAUUGGUAAGCGGAAGUUUGACCCCAAUGCCUCUGCGACAAAUUCCUUUCAAGAGCGACGCAACAUGGACCGCGAAGAGGACCUCACUGCCAAGUCGACCCCUGAUCCCCUGCAGAAUAUAGAAAUACCCAAGGGUCCCCGAAGCAACAUUCCGCAGCGGAAUACACCCUUUUUCAACGGCCCCCCUCGCCAACGAAGACACCAGAACUUUAACAACAACAAUACCAACAACGGCGCUCUACCAGCCGGGUGGUUCACAGCGACAGAUCAGCGCGGCAACACCUACUUUUAUAGCAAGAAUGGGGCUACGACCUGGCAACGUCCCACGAAACCCGCAGAUGCGCACAAAUCGACGCCCAAGGCACUGCAAGAGCAGCAGUUGCUGAAGAACAUCAUCGACCAGGUCACCAAGGAACAGACCCCGAAACACUCGGCCUCGCAGACGCCUCAACGAGCAGAAACGCCCGUGCAGGAGACCAAGCAAGAAAAGUGGCGAUUCCUUAGUACCGACAAGCAGAUGAAGAUCUAUGAGAACACGCUUUUCCCCCACGUCAAGUACGUGAUCGACAAGUACAGACACAAACUUCCCAAGGACGAUCUCAAGCGAUUGGGCAAGGACGUCUGUAAGAAGCUCGUUUCGUCAGACUACAAAGGCAAACGCGUCCAGGAUCCGACAACACCACUCGAUCAGAAGCAAGCCAGGAAAGUCAAGACCUACGUAAAAGACUUCCUGGACAAGGCCAUCGUGAAGUUCAAGCAGUUUGAACAGGAGAAGGAGAAGGCGAGUCCUGCGGGUGGAGCAGACAAGCCGACAGAUGGCGCCACAACUAGCAACGGCCCUAGUGUGGAUACUGCCGAUGUCGCGACGCCUGCCGAUGUCGCGGAUGAAGUGAUGCUGUCAGACAUAGAGGACGCAGGCUUGAUGGGAAGUCCUGACCGCAAGCGCAAGCGUGGGGGAGAGGAGGCAGCAGAGUCCCUGAACCUGACUCCUUCUGAUGAACCCUCUGUGAAGCGCUUGCGAGAGGAUGAUGUGGAAGAUGGUCCAACGCCGCCACCCCCUCCACCCCCGCCUCCUGCUGACCUGGAAUCUACUGCUACACCUGAGGAGCCAAUGACAGAAGAGCAAAAAGCUCUCAGGGAGCAGGAGGAAGCUUUGAUGAGAGAGAACGAGGAGUCCGAGCGGCUUGAGGAGGAGGCUGAACUCACCAAAACUAAGGAUGUUGAAAGCGCGCCCCAGGGAAAGAAUGACGCAACCCUCAACGGCCAUUCCCAGUUUAACGAGAGAACGGUUACGACUGGCGGUGAAGAUGCUGCUGAUGAGUCGACAUUUCCUAUUACAAGCAACAAGACGACUCAGCAGCAAGAGGUCCUUGGACACUAG